CGCCUUGAUUCUACUGGUUCUUUCGAAGCGAAAUUUCAGUGCCGGCUUUCGAUCCCAGAGACUGGUAGAAUCCAUGGCCUCCUCUAAGCUUCUGAUGCAUAAGCAAUUCAGGAAGAAGAUGGUGGAAUCGGUUGCGGUUCGGGCUCCUCCGAGGCCUUGUUCGAGAAACCCUAUCGAUUCCUCCUCUUGUAAUCACUUAUCCGAUUCUUCGCAGUCUUUGAUUCAAAACUACUCCAAUUUCAAGGCCAGUGGUUUGCCUUCUCGUUUCAUGUUCUAUCAGGAUAGGUUGUGGGUUGAUUUCGAUACUCGAGUGAUUGGAAUAUUGCGAGCGGGUUUCUCCGACCGGAAUCCGGCGAUUGAAUUGGAAAUCGAUGGAUCGACGUAUCUGUUUGAUAUGUAUAGGAUGUUACAGAUUGAUUUGGAAACUGGUAGACAGAGAUCGGUUGCUUGGAUCGAUGAAAAUGGGAAGUGUUUUUUCCCCAAAGUCUUUAUCGGCGAUGAGAGUGAGGGAAAUACUCGGAGUUUGUCGAAUCCGAAAAUUGAAAUUGAGAUUAAGAUUGACGGGAAGUCCGGGAAACGAAAGAGGGAAGCGAUGGAGAUGAAGGAGGAAGAAAAUGAAGUGAGUUCCAGCAAUGAACAUGUGGAAGUGAAGCCAUUGAAAAUACCGCGUGUUGUUGCGAAUGAUUCAGAAGCUCAUGUAUGGCCGAAGGCGAAGGCGCUGAGUGAAGGAGAUAGUGCGUACACGUUGGUAAGCAAUUUCUUUCUCCCUUCGAUGAAAAAGGUUGAUCCCAGUUCAGCAAUCACCUCAAUUCAUCAGUGCACCCGCACUGGGCCAUUGGAAAAAGCUCGCCUCGAUGUGUUUCAGAAGCAGAAUGAGAUUACAACUGCUGCUCGUGGUGUGUCCAAUAUGGUUUAUGCAUGGUAUGGAGCUUCUGCAACAAGUUUGGCGGGAAUUUUGGCUCAUGGAUUUGGGGAGCCUCUUCAGGUGCCUGCCGCCGAUACUCAUGGAAUUGGAGUUUAUUUAUCUCCAUUGGGCUUGCCUCAUUUAUGUUCUACGCUAUCAGAGGCCGAUGAGGAUGGUAUAAAACAUAUGGUUUUAUGUCGAGUAAUAUUGGGUAAUGUUGAAAAGGUUGAAGCAGGAUCUCAGCAAUCCCAUCCUUCGAGUACAGAGUUUGACACUGGUGUGGAUGAUCCAACAUGUCCUAAACGGUAUAUUGUAUGGUGUAGUAAUAUGAACAGACACAUUUUACCAGAGUACAUAGUGAGUUUCAGAUCAAAUUAUCGUUUGCCAGGUAAGUUGGGGGAAUCGACAGAUACGAAGUAUUCCCUCGUGAAAUUACUUUCGAAGAUGAAGAAUUCGCUGCCUACCUCUAAAGUUCAAGAGGUUGCGACAUUGUUUCAGACAUUUAAGGCAGGAAAAUUGGGAAAAGAUGUUCUUGUUAAAAGGCUGCGAUCAAUUGCUGGAGAUGACAUGCUUCUAUCCUUAAUUCGUGAAAUUCGAGAAUGUCAAUGAGGCUAGAAAGCUGGCGACAGAUUGUUGAGACUGGUGUCCAGGCCAGUUCUGGAUGACAGAUCUUUAGCAGAAAUAUUUGCAUUCAGAGGUGGGUUAAUGUUAAGUUCUAUAUAAUUUUGGCACCAUCAAUGAUUUCAUUAUCUCUUUGCUAGUGCUGACCCUGUAUGAUUUGUAUUUUUUAUUGUGAUACUUUGUGUUUCUUACCUGGUAAGGUAGCUGAUGAAGUUGAUUGUGUAUAAGGAACCUUUUGUCAAGGGCAAGAUGAAGAAAAAUUCUUGCUUUGUGAGGGUAGAGCUCUUGGAUUCCUGAAUCUUGUUGUGAAAUUUCUUGCGAAUCUGAUCUUAUGUGCGUGAAAACCAUCCCCCAUUCAUCAAACUGAGUUCUAAUAAAAAUAAAGAUCUUGUCUGAUGAUGUAUCUUCAAACUUUUAUGUAUUUCUAUGCCUUUUAGCAUUGGAUACAGAGAAUUCAUGCUGCAACACGUUGCAAAGGAGGUUUUGUGUUACUUAUCUUACCUUGUUACAAGGUGCCAGGAUUACAGAUGUUUCUCACAGAGUUAACCAUCUUAUCGAUCAAGAGUCGAGCACGAGUCUAGUGACCGAAGAAUUUAGAGAGUGAAUAUUCUUAUUACAUAUUGAAGAUGUUUGUUAUUUAUCAAGUCAAAGAUCUUUAAUCUCUCUGCAUGAUAAAUGUUCAUGUGAUGUGAUCUCUUUCCCCAACUUCACUCUAAUACAGUAUUUCAUUAUUGAUGUGCCAAUGAAAAUGACUCCCAUUUCAACUCAUGCAGUCUCAAGCUGAUGCUCUCUGGGAGUGGGGGGACUCCGAGUUGCCAUUCGUGCUGGCUCGAAACAUGUGUAGAUUCCCCAACAAGCGUGCAUCAUGGAUUGGAGAACGAAGGUACGUUCUUGUUCGUGUAACACGUUUUUAAAACAAACGAUAAAAUUCUAAGAUAUUAUUUAUAAGUUAGCCUCUUUCUUUUACAUCACAAUCAAAUCUUCGACGUAAAAAAGUUACGUCGAAGAGUAUAGGAUGUUCUUAUUAUAUAUUUCUUAUAUGUAAUUCGGGUAUCGAGGCUCAUCCUCACCGAUUUUUUAGGAGACCCGAAAGUUGGCUCUUCUGAAUUUGAAGGGGCCAGAGAUUUGAAUUCUCUUCAUUGAAGCAUUUGGUUCUAACAGAGCACCUAAGAAGUGUUCCAAGAUUCCAGAUGUUCUUGAUAUAUUUGUUUUUCAAUCUCCUCUGCUUUUCUCCUUUCCACAUUCUUACGCAAAAUUAUUCAAGAAUAUGAACCUAUUGGAAAGAAGAGUGGCUUGAUAACGACUUUACUUUAGAGCAGGAUUUGUUCUAGUGCUCGGUCACAUUUUGAAGUAUUUACCUCUACAUUUACUAUUGAAUCCGGUUACAAUCGAGGUUUCUUUGCAAA